AUGUCAUCUAAUGAACUUAAUUCAACACCAACUGAAGAUGUGUCGUCCCAAAAUUCCUCCAAACCAAAUUGUAGGGGAAAGCAAGAUCCAAGUUGGGGUCAUUGUAGACAGGUUAUGGAGAAUGGAAAAACUUUUUUAGUAUGCCAGUAUUGUAACAAGACUCUUAAAGGAGGUGGUUUUAAAGCUCCAUCAAUGUAUAUGUUGCGUGGUCCAUUGCUAGAUAGUUGGGUUGAUGAUGUUCAUAGUCUUGUUGAGAACUACCGUAAUGUUUGGCGGCAAACUGGAUGCACCAUUAUGGCUGAUGGUUGGACUGAUCGGACUAGGCGAACUCUUAUCAACUUUCUUGUUUAUUGUCCUAAAGGAACUGUUUUCUUGAAGUCUGUGGAUGCCUCUCAUGCUUCCAAAACUGCUGAUUUGUUAUUUAAUCUGUUCAAAGAAAUUGUUCUAUUUGUUGGGCCUGAAAAUGUUGUUCAAUUUGUGACUGAUAAUGCUUCUAAUUAUGUUGCUGCUGGAAGGUUAUUGGAGGCUGAGUUUCCCACAAUAUUUUGGUCUCCCUGUGCUGCUCAUUGUAUUAAUCUGAUGUUGCAAGAUAUUGGCAAGUUAGAGGAAGUGGGUGCAACCGUGGCACAUGCUUCAUCAAUUACCAAGUACGUAUAUAACCAUUGUCAUCCUUUACACUUGAUGAGAAAAUUCACAGGUGGUAGAGAAAUUCUUCGUCCAGCUCCAACUCGCUUUGCUACUAAUUUUAUUGCUUUGCAAAGCAUAUUAGCUCAAAAAGAUCCAUUAAGAGCAAUGGUAACUUCAAGAGAGUGGACAAGUUCAGCAUAUUCUAAGGAUUUGAAGGCUAGAAAAUUUGUGGAUUUAGUCUUAGAUUCUAGGUUUUGGAAAGAAUGUGCUGACAUUGUGAAAGUUACUGAACCACUUAUACGCUUGUUGCGUCUUGUUGAUAGUGAAGACAAGCCUUCUAUGGGUUAUCUUUAUCAAGCCUUUUUUAAAGCAAGAGAAGAGAUGGUUAGACGGUUUCAAAGAAAGAAAAAGAAGGUGGAGCCGUACUUGAACAUCCUGGAUAGUCGGUGGGAUACUCAGCUUCGUAAAAAGUUGCAUGCUGCGGGAUAUUGGUUAAAUUCAGCAUGUCAUUUCAAUGUUGAAGAAUUCAAUAAACAUGCAUUGACAACUUCUGGUCUUUUAGAUGUUAUAGAGAGGUAUGCUCAUAAGGAUGAGGAAUUAUUGUCCAAGUUAACAUCUGAGCUGAGAACUUUCAAUGAAUCUGAUGGUGAUUUUGGAAGGAACAUAGCUAUUCGGGAACGAACUAAAGUUAUGCCUGAUAAAUGGUGGGAACUUUAUGGUUUUGGUGAACCAAACUUGAGAAAAUUGGCUAUUCGUAUCUUAAGCCAAACUUGUAGUGCUUCCGGUUGUGAGCGAAAUUGGAGUGCAUUUGAGCAGAUCCAUUCAAAUAGGAGAAAUCGGUUAGAGCAUAAAAGGUUGAAUGAUCUUGUAUAUGUUCGAUACAACCUAAGACUACAACAAAGGAAUCAAUUGAAGCACCAAAAUUAUGACCCAAUUAAUUUGGAAACAAUGGAUGAUCAUUCUACUAGUUGGGUUUUUGAGGAGUCACCACCAUUAUUAACCGAUGAAGAGGCAAGAUAUUUGAGGAAUAAUACCAUUGAACCAAUUGUAGAUGGUAUUGAUGAAUUGAAUUUAGAUGAGGAUGAUGUAGAUGAUGAACCUCAUAUGACUAUUGUACCCCAAAAUGAAAGCAAUGUUCUUCAAGGUUUGGAUGGCAAUGGUGGAGAAAGACAAGGAGAGCCUGAAUUUGAUGAUAUUACUUUUAAUUAA